AUGAAUGCCGAUGAUCCCGCCGCCAGCGCACCGGCCGUCGUCACGGUCGCGCCGCCCAAUCAGUACGGGUUUCGCGACCCAAGAAGUGUCCCUGGAAAACCCAGAGGAGACGACAUUCUCUACGCGUGGCGUGAUCGCGAAGCGAGGCGAACACCCCUUGAACGAUGGCUACGACAUACCUUGAACCGGCUGAAAGUCACUCUCCCCACCACUUUCCGCAGAGUGCGCGACUUCAUGUGGCGCCUUACCCUAGGUCGAUGGCUUUGGGUCAAGCGUGGCCAUGGAACAGACAUGAUAGAAGUCGAAACAAUGCGGAUGGUCGCUGCUCAUACGAACAUACCGGUCCCUCGCAUCUGGACCCACUUCGUGUGGCGUGGGGCUCGCUACAUCAUCAUGGAUCGUGCUCGAGGCGUCCCACUGUCUAAUCUCUGGUAUGAUGCCACACCACAAUACAAAGAAGAGGUGUGCGCGCAGCUAGCCAACUACUUUCGCGAACUACGGUCUCUGCCCACGCCGUACGGUCCUCGCGUCUGUUCGCUGUUAGGCGGCCCGGUGCGAGACUUUCGUUUGCGUUUUGAUCACACAGGGCCGUUCGAAAACGAGGAUGACUUCAACCAUCGCGGCGCGCGGUUUGGCUGGGAUAUCGAAUACCUUCCCGCUGAGGGUAUGCCUCAAUUAGUCGCAGAGGCGCACUCGAUGAAGCACCCAAUCGCCUUUACUCAUGGCGACCUUGAUCCUCGCAAUGUUAUGGUCGAUGGGUCCAGGAUCACGGCGAUCAUCGACUGGGAAUGUGCCGGAUGGUUUCCCGCACAUUGGGAGUACUGCAAAUCCAUCUUCGCUACGUUGUCAUGGGAUGAUGACGACCACGAGUGGGUACCGUGGCUCCGUAGUAUGGUUCCCGUAUAUGACACCGAAGCUCGAGCUGACAAAAUGCUCGUACGCGAACUUUUCACGCCGUUGUUGUGA